AUCAACAGACAGAGGAGUCUCUUGUCAGGCUGAUAGAGGGCAGGCUGUAGGAAAUGAAAGCCUGACACGGGAUACGCCACGGAAAUCUCUCUGGCUGAGAUAACAUAGUCGACGUUUACAGAAAAUAAUUCCAGCGGCUGGAGAUCCAGAUGUUUACAUAAAACAGCUGUCAAUCUUAUUCUUGGAACUGGAACUUUCAUCGCAUUUUGAUUCUCUCUGUGCUGAUUGGGGGGUUGGCUACAACCGUGCCACAUUUAACUCGUUUGCGUCACGCUUUGGAGUUUCCUCCCUGGUUAGACAUUUGGCGUUUGCUGAGGUUUUGGGACCAAAACCGAAAUUCCAGACCAUUUUUGGCUGGUGGGCUAAAGCUGCGUUCUCUGAUGGGUUACAUGGCGUGCGUUUGAUCCUGGGGUGUGCGCUGCGCGAUGGCCGCGUCGGGCGGACGGAAGAGCGAGAAGUUGGACGAGGCACAGGCGUUGGCCCGGAGCUGCGCGGGGAGACCGGACUUUCUCCCGUGCGACGGACUGUCCAUCUGCGCAACACACAGCCAUGGGAAGUGCUUCAAGCUCCACUGGUGCUGUCACUUGGGAUGGUGUCACUGUAAAUACGUGUACCAGCCGAUGACCAACGUGUGCCGCCUCCCCAGCACCCCAGUGCCUGCCACGCCCACAGACCACACCCACACCAUGGACCUGACAGUCUCAUUGGCCGAACGUUUCCUCAUGACCGCCCCCGCCUUCCAAGCCCCGCCCUGCCUGGAGUCGCCCAAGUUCUGCAUCAUCUCAGACCUCUUUGUGGACGACUACAUGGUCAAACGCAUCAAUGGGAAGAUGUGCUAUGUUCAGAGACCUCAACCUUCGACCAUGCCCAGCCCGCCUCAAUCACAUGCUCCUCACCCCCGUAACCCCCAUCCCCAACGGACCCCCAGACACCACCCACACCCCCAGGGCACCAAGCCCAGUGCCCUGGGGGACAAGGUCACCACCCCCAAAAUAGACCACUGCUCCUCCCCGUCCAGCUCUGAGGAUUCUGGGAUAAAUGCACUGGGCGGCCAUUACAUGGAGUCAUGUGACGAGGGUUCUGAGGAAGAGGAGGAAGACGAGGAGGAAGAGGAGGAAGAGUUAAGUAGUGAUGGAGAGUCUAGUCCAAUAAGUAUGUGGACUCAAGAUGAGUGUUCUCUGCUCUCUCCGUCCAAGUCUAUGGUGGAGAUUAUCGAGAAGAUAGAGACAACUGUGUGAGACAACUUGCAGUGUCACGUUGAGACAGCGACCUAGCCGGUUCAUCUUAGAGCCACACACACACACACACACACACUAGCCUGCCAACGUUCCUCUAACUACAGUAUACUAAUCUUACAACGCCAAAACAGUGACCUGUUACCUAUGAACUUUGACCUUUCACCCUGUUAUAGCAUGGUUACCUACCACCUUUCACCCUGUUAUAGCAUGGUUACCUACGACCUUUCACCCUUUUAUAGCAUGGUGUACCUACCCCAUUCUACUCUACUCUGGAGGGAUUUCACUUAUCUUUCCAAACCAGUAGUCAGCUGAAAGAACCCACAAAUGAACAAGAGCACAAAUGUAGGAAUAAGUGAAUCUAAUCUAGUCCAUGACCCAACACACUUAAAGACAGAAGAUGUGACCAAACAGAUUCUACAUCAUGAGGCUACUACUUUUUAUACAACAAUCCAGGGCCAAACCCAAAUGGCACCCUAUUCCCUAUGUAGUGCACUACUUUAGACCAGAGCCCAUAGGGGAUAGUGCACUACUUUUGACUAUGGCCCAUCGGGGAUAGUGCACUACUUUUGACCAGGACCCAUAGGGGAUAGUGCACUAGUUUAGACCAGUGCCCAUAGGGGAUAGUGCACUACUUUAGACCAGGGCCAUUGGGGAUUGUGCACUACUGUGGACCAGGGCCCAUAGGGGAUAGUGCACUACUUUAGACCAGGGCCAUAGGGGAUUGUGCACUACUGUGGACCAGGGCCCAUAGGGGAUAGUAGGGAAUAUGUAGAAAAAAGGGUGCCAUUUGGCCCACAUUCCACGUGUUACAUCACUAGUGUACUAAGAAGUAUCUUCACAAGCUUACAUCACAAACACAGGACAGGAGAGGAGAGGAGAGGAGAAGGGGACAUGUGUGAUGAUGAAUCUGUGACAUCAUGAGCAUAUUAACAUCUGAAGUCUUUUACAACACUGCACAUGUUUACAGGCCACGCCCACAAACAACCCAGACAACAUGGAUGACCUGUUACAGGACUUAUCUACACAGGUGGAUGGAUGGUUACAGCGUACAGACGCACCCAGGGUCCUGCCAAGGCUUUCUGACAAUCAUCUGACUACAAUCACCCAGCUGAAAUGUGAACAUAGCCCUGUACAUGGAGCUUCGGAGCAUGAGGAGUCACAGCCCAGGACAGGGGUCUCAGUGUAUUUCACACAAUGCAGAGCAGUAGCAGUGGCUCGAGGACAUUGUUCUGACCACCACAAAACAACAAGGAGAAGAAGACUGUCUUGUCUGUCUCUAAAUGAUUUCUCCAGUCACAUGUUGAGGGUCUUGAGCAAAGCACACCUUUCUGAUCUAUUAACACACAGAAACUAUAGACACACACACGCACACACAAACACACAUAUACACACACACACACGCUUUGUGGGUGAAUUUCUAUUCCUCUCUGAUUGAAAGAGAAUUGUAACAUCAGGGAUAAAAAAAUAUAUACGCUUUAAAACAUCACUGUAAAUACAGAUGUAGGAUCUUGAUUUGAUCACCCUGUUGCAGGACAACUUUCCUGCAAUGCAGGAAAUGUACAACUUGUAGUGUAUUUGAGGUUUAAAAAGGCUUCUGAAGUUUGUAAUUUCCACUUUGAAAUUUCAGACUUGAUUUUCCCUUACAAAACAUCUAUCAACCCCUACAAAAAUGUAAAUUCUUUAUAAUCCACAUAAUAAUUCGCAUUUCCUGUUGAUGCAGGGUUCAUUUCAUACUGUAGCAAACUGGCUCAAAUGAAGAUCCUACAUCUGUACACGUACAGUCAAAUGAUCACAUAUUAUAGAGGGUAUAUAAAGCACACCAUUGUUUUCUGAUGUCUUCAGUAUAUUGUUGCUAUUCUGAUUUUUUUAAUAAAGGAUUUCACUAAAAAGA